AUGGUUCUACCGAGAUCGGCUCUUUCUGGCGGCCUUGGUCGCAGUGUGACUGCCUUGCAACAAUAUACCAUUCGUUCAGCUGUUGGAUGCAAGCCUCAUGGUCAUGCAGUUGCAACAUUAGCUACUUUCAGUGUCCCCAACGUGUCCAACGAACCGAAUAAACAUUAUGCCAAAGGGUCGACCGAGCGAGAACAAUUAGCCUCCGCAGUAAAAUCCUUCAAGAGGAAAGCGCCGCUUGAGGUUCCCAUUGUGGUUGGUGGUAAGGAGGUGAACAAUAAAUCCGUCCUAACUCAGUUCAAUCCUGCGUCUCAUGCGGACGCAGUUGCAAAAUAUUCAAACGCCAGCGCCGAAGAAGUUUCCCAGGCUAUCGACUCGGCUCUGAAAGCCAAGGCAUCAUGGGAGUCACUUCCUUUCGCCGAUCGAGCUGCAGUCUUUCUGAAGGCCGCGGAUUUGAUAUCUGGAAAAUACCGCUAUGAGCUCAUGGCAGCGACGAUGGUGGGCCAAGGAAAGAACGCCUUUCAGGCCGAAAUUGAUGCUGCAGCAGAGACAUGUGACUUCUUAAGAUUUAACGUAAAGUAUGCCGAAGAGCUUUAUGCUCAGCAACCUGUUCACAACUCGCCAGGUGUUUGGAACCGUGUCGAGUAUCGUGCUUUAGAGGGCUUUGUCUACGCAAUUAGUCCUUUCAACUUCACCGCCAUUGCUGCCAACCUUCCGGCCAUUCCUGCUUUGUUGGGAAAUGUUGUCCUUUGGAAGCCAUCUCCAUCAGCAAUUGCAUCGAACUGGUUGCUCUAUCAGAUUCUCCUUGAAGCUGGCCUGCCGCGUGACGUGGUGCAAUUUGUUCCUGGGGAUGCUGAAGAAGUCACGAAGGUCGUCCUCUCCCACCGUGAAUUCGCGGCCUUACACUAUACUGGUAGCACUGCUGUUUUCCGCUCUCUCUACGGGAAGAUUGCGUCCAAUGUUGCAGAAGGUAAGUAUCAAGGGUAUCCGCGCAUCGUAGGCGAGACAGGCGGGAAGAACUUCCAUUUGCUGCACCCCAGCGCCGACGUCGAGAAUGCCGUUAUUAACACGGUUCGCGGCGCUUUCGAAUUUCAAGGCCAGAAGUGCAGUGCUACAUCGCGUGCUUAUGUCCCUGCUUCGCUCUGGCCCGCCGUCAAGUCGCGCCUUAUUGAAGAGACAGAGAAGCUCAAGAUUGGAGACUCCGAAGCGUUUGAAAAUUUCAUUGGCCCAGUCAUCCACGAACCAUCGUUUAAGAAGCUUUCGGGUGUCAUUGAUGCGGCCAAGGAUGACAAUGAGUUGGAGCUCCUUGUCGGCGGUAAAUAUGAUGGCUCCAAGGGCUACUUCAUUCAUCCGACUAUCUAUGUCACGAGCAACCCUGCACAUGCCCUGAUGUCAAAGGAGCUUUUCGGCCCCAUUCUUGUGGUCUAUGUCUACGACGACUCCAGUAGCGAGUCUUUCGGUGAUAUCUGCCGCGUCAUUGAUGCUGCCACUGACUACGCUUUGACCGGCUCCAUCUUUGCUCGCGACAGGCAUGCCAUCAGGUUCGCUGAGGAGGCUUUACGAAAUUCAGCUGGCAAUUUCUACGUGAAUUGCAAGAGCACGGGUGCUGUUGUAGGCCAGCAGCCUUUCGGAGGCGCGCGUGCCAGUGGCACCAACGACAAAGCAGGCAGCCAAAACAUUCUUGCACGAUUCGUGAGCAUGCGGUCCAUCAAAGAAGACUUUAUCGGCAGUUAUGAAGUACCAUACCCCAGCAAUCAGAUUUGA